GGCGCUUCGCGAGUGAAAGAUAAACAGUGUGGCAGUGCAAAAAGGUGUGCGAUAAAAAGUUCAAAAUCGCUUGGGAACGUUGAUUAUCUGCACGGAACAGAACUACUUGUCUAGAAGAUUAAGUAUAUCAUCAGUUUUGACUCAAUUUUAGGGGAUAUUGUGAGAUUUUUGUGAGUUUCCGUACUCUCAAAAUGCUUCCGCAGUGAGACUCUUUGUGUGGAAAAAUCUUCUAAUUUUACUUGGAAAUGACAAGGUUUCGUCGCGGGAAAUGAAGGCAAUCGAAGCGAAAAUUGUCCUCCUUGGCGCACAAGGAGUCGGGAAGACGAGUCUCGUGGUGAAAUAUAUCACAAAUGUGUACUCAAAAGAUGUGGGCCCCACGAUUGGGGCGACUUUCUUCAACUGCCGCAUUAACUUGGAGGACAUCAAGGUGAAGAUGCAGAUUUGGGACACGGCGGGUCAGGAGCGGUUCCGCUCAAUGGCGCCGCUGUACUAUCGAGGCGCCAAUGCGGCUCUGUUGGUCUUUGAUCUCACCAAUUACGCCUCUUUUGGGGCCGUGAAGACUUGGGUGUCGGAGUUGCAGCGCAACGUGCAAGAGCCCAUGGUUCUCACGCUCGUGGGCAGCAAGUCGGAUCUCGAAGAGGAGCGCGCAGUGGCCAGGGAAGAAGCGGCCGUCUAUGCCACAUCGAUUGGGGGAAAUUACUUCGAGACGAGUGCCGUGACGACGCAAGGUUUCCACUGCAUAGAGCGAGUGUUCACGCAAACGGCGCUUGGGCUCGUGAGGCUGUCGCAGGAGGCGAAGACACAGAUUCGACACUACGAGAGCACAGACUCGCUGCCCAGCAUCACUGCCUCUGCUUCGCCAACGGACGUCGGCGCCAGUCUGGCCAUUGAGUUCGCGGACGAUGGCGUGGCGUGCGAGACGGGACAUGUGGAGAAUGUUGCCUUCAGCAUCGACCACAUCGCCCAUGGAAACGAGGCGAAGACGGGAUGCUGCUGGUACUAAGAAGGUGGC